AAGAAUGAGAUGAUCGUCUCUGAUGACGUUUAGGCACAAGCUCAGUGGUUCUUCUCUCAGGGGCAAGGGGAGGUAAUUGAAUUGUGAAUCACUCGCGGGUCCGUAACGCCGCCCCUGUGAGGUCGUACUACAGCGAAAGGAACAGCCUCCUCCCAGAGCUCAGAAACGCCCAAACCAACAUAAGGAAGAAAUGAGUGCAUGAGAGAGAAAGAAAGGGGACAGGGAGAGCGUGUGUUUGUAACCGGGAGACAGAUCCAUUGAAGUUCAGUUGUUCGCGAUAGUGUUGCAUUCCGGGGGGUAAAGAACCAGCGAGUGAGAAGAGAGAACAGAGCAGUUUCAGUUAUUGGGCGAUAAAGGACAACGUUUCUCUCAGAUUGUUUUGGAGACAUCCACAUAACAAUACAGGGACGCGGCGUUAUUACCCUGAUCUGAUGGUCAUGACGGCAGCUGUCGAUAUGAAACCGACAUUAACUAUCAUAAAGGCUGAAAAAAUGGACGAUCUGGAGUGCGGAGAUGUCCCUCUGCUAACCCCAGGAAGCAAAGAGAUGAUGUCUCAGGCUCUUAAGGCCACGUUUAGCGGCUUCACCAAGGAACAGCAGCGACUUGGCAUUCCCAAAGACCCCAGACAGUGGACAGACAGCCAUGUUGCAGAGUGGCUGACGUGGACGGUGAACGAGUUCAGCCUGAAGAACGUGGACUACCACAAGUUCCGUAUGAACGGGGCCAUCCUGUGCGCUCUGGGCAAGGAGCGCUUCCUGGACCUGGCCCCCGACUUUGUGGGCGACAUCCUCUGGGAACAUUUAGAGAUGCUCCAGAAAGAGGAAACAAAGCAUUUCCCUGUCAUCGGUCUGUCCUCCAACUUCCAGGAAUCCAGAUAUACCUCAGACUACUUUGUCAGCUAUGGUAUUGAGCACGCUCAGUGUGUCCCUCCAUCAGAAUACUCGGAGCCGGGUUUCAUCACAGAGUCCUACCAGACGCUCCACCCAAUCAGCUCGGAGGACUUGAUCUCCCUCAAAUACGAGAGCGAGUAUCCCAACGUCAUCCUGCGCGACGCCACCCUCAACUCCCUGCAGACCGAAUACUUCUCCGUGAAGCAGGAAGUGGUCUCUCCCGACAACAUGUGUGUGGGGCGCAUCAGCCGAGGCAAGCUGGGCGGCCAGGACUCCUUCGAGAGCAUCGACAGCCUGGAGAGCUGUGACCGGCUCACCCACUCCUGGAGCAGCCAGUCGUCCUUCAGCAGCCUGCAGCGGGUUCCCUCCUACGACAGCUUUGAGUCAGAGGACUACCCCAGCGCCCUGCACGGCCACAAGCCCAAGGGCACCUUCAAGGACUACGUGAGGGAGCGCUCGGAGCUCAACAAGGACAAGCCCGUCAUCCCCGCCGCUGCGCUCGCCGGAUACACAGGCAGCGGUCCCAUCCAGCUGUGGCAGUUUCUCCUGGAGCUCCUGACGGACAAGUCCUGCCAGUCCUUCAUCAGUUGGACGGGCGACGGCUGGGAGUUCAAGCUCUCCGACCCUGAUGAGGUUGCCCGGAGGUGGGGCAAGAGGAAAAACAAGCCCAAGAUGAACUACGAGAAGCUGAGCCGUGGCCUGCGCUACUACUACGACAAGAACAUCAUCCACAAGACGUCGGGCAAGCGCUACGUGUACCGCUUCGUGUGUGACUUAAAGAGCCUGCUGGGGUACAGCCCUGAAGAGCUGCACGCCAUGUUGGACGUUAAGCCGGACACUGACGAGUGAAAGCAGGCGCCGGCCAAGGUGACGAGGGAAGGAAGGAAGGACGAAAAAGAAGGAAAAGUAACGUUGAGGAACAUAUAGGAACUGUGGACUCGAAAAUGAGAUUUUAAGUGUCUGGUGGAGUGGGUCAUUUUGAUUUAAUUUUUUUAGAGGGGAGGAUCUCAAAAAAAAAUUACGACUAACUGUGGGCUUUCUCAUAAUAGAGCUCUCGUUCUACAGUGUUUUCCACGCAAGCACAUGGCGAAAGUACAAAUAUUCAUAAUCUGGUGUGUGUGUGUGUGUGUGUGUGUGUGUGUGUGUGUGUGUGUGUGUGUGUGUGUGUGUGUGUGUGUGUGUGUGUGUGUGUGUGUGUGUGUGUGUGUGUGUGUGUGUGUGUGUGUGUGUGCCGGUGAGUAGGUGGUAUAUGCAGAUGUGAACUUUGCUGUGCAAGGCCAAUGCAACGCUACCUGCUAAAGUAGAGGUUUCUCUUUUACUCUCGUGUCAUAGUAGCACAAGAAAACUAACGGCCAAGAUAGUGCAACGGAGCUACCAUUGGUUGACCGUAGUAUUCCCGCUAUGGAAAUCUGCUAUGGAAAAACAAAAGGAAGAACAUGUCACAUUCCCACAACGCUUCUAGUCAUGCAAUGACUGCAAGGGUAGAGCUCUCAGCUAGGACCAAAAAGUGUUUUUGUUUUCUAUUUUCCAUUGUUUGAGAAGCAUUUACUUGUGCCAGUAUUAUAUUGUCGUCAAAAACCCUUCCUAUUGUGCAUUUUAUCGAGCAUACAUUGGUUCAGCUGUAUUUUAUAUAUUUUUAUGUUGUAGGGGUUAUUUUCUUUUACAAUGAAGAUGUUGCAGUGUUAACCCUUUUGAGUAAAGUCCCUUUUUGUUAAAAUUGUUGACAAGCAACUAAAAUGAGCCGUCUUGGUUUAAAAGACUAAACUACACUGGCCUGCUAACUGUCGGCUAUGGGGGCUUGUUUUUCACUCAUACCAGGAGUGUUUCACACAGACGGCUGAAAAAUGAUCUGAUGCUUUGAAACUGACACCUCGGCAAACACAUACAGACGCCUCAUUACAGGUUCAUGAAUACAGUGACCGAAACCGUGGCAGUUUCACAAACAUCAGGUUAGCAUUAGCAUUAGCUGACAAUCUUAAAUUGUGUGCAUCUUCAGUAUUCUGGCCACUAGGUGCCUAACACGCAUAUUAAUGAGCACAAUUUAUCACUUCUUUCACUUCAAUACUGUCCACAUCAUGUUCCGUGUAGCUUUGGAACCAAUGUGUUCGAACAUUGUUUCUAAUGCUGUCAAACCACGCCAUUUUCUUUUUAUAAAGGGUAGUUUAGGGACUGGAUUUAUUUCUUAAGUAGUUAGUAGUAUUAUUUGUAUGUGGGCUUGAGGAACUGCUGUAAAGGUCUUAAUGUUGAAUUUCGGGCAAAUGGAGAAAGUAAAAAAACUGAUUGUAUUUAGAAUGAAACAUGUAUAGGGAAGUUAGAAUCAUCAUGAGGAAGGUAUCGAUGUAUGCUGCCAAAUGUUUGCCUCAUGUGAGUUGUAAAUAUCACUGGUAGCAAUCAUCUGCAGAACAAACAUAAGUAUGGAUCUGUAUUAAUACAGAGGAAGGUGUAGAUAUAGAUGGAGAUGGCAAGCGAUGGAAAGAAGGCAACCGAUUGCGAGAUGCAAAUGGAGUAUGAGAGAUUAAUUCACUGGUUAGAUAUCUGAGCAAAAUGGCAACAUUUUUCUCAAAUGUUUCUAUUGGGAACAGUGGCACAACACUGGCCUUAUGGGAAAAGCCAAAGUCAAGAAAUAUCUUCUUAGGAUACAAAUGUUAUUGUUUACAGUGGCUGACUGUUACCCAUAUGGAUGAGAAGAGAGUUGGCGUCUGUUUGUCCAGAUUGUAUUUCAAUGCUUUGAGACCCAACUUUUACAAACAAGCAAGAGACAAAGCAGAAAUAAUAACCAAAACUCACGUGAGGUCUUCAGCAAUGGCUGACCGGGCGCCGUAUACAAAAUAACACGGGAGACCCCAAAUGUUUCACUUUCCUUUUUUAUAUCACACAGUCUCUACUUAUCAUUAUAUUUUAUUGACAUAAUACAAAGCACAUAGCUUUAGAAUGAACAUAAAACACCUUUCCUGGUGUAUGUAUUCCAAUUGAUUGUAAAAAAAAAAAAACUAACAAAAAAAAGGAGCUAUUUACACAUUUAUGAUAUUUAUUUGCCAAC